CCUCCUCCUUAUUUCCUCUUCUUCCUCAAAUAUACACCACAGCACCAAGAUGAACGGCGAAGACCCCGCGGAACGGCCCGACUACAUCACCGCCGUGAUCAAUGGCCUCGAGCGCUACAACCCCGAGGCCGUCGGCACCCUCGAGACCUACCUGCAGGAGCAGUGCGAGCAGAAGUUUAGCGACUGCAAUGCGAACCGGACGCUGUUGAAGCUCUACCAGCUCAACCCCGACCGCAUGAAGGACGAAGUCGUCACCAACAUCCUCGUCAAGGCCAUGACCAACUUCCCCUCGUCCCAGUUCACCCUCGCCCUGCACCUCAUCAACCCGUCCGCCGCCUCCUCCGGCGAGCUCCACGAGGCAAUCACCAAGCUGCGCUCCCUCAACUCCCAGCUCCAGGGCGCCCAGUACGCCGACUUCUGGGCCGACCUCGACGGCGACGACCUCUGCGCCGACCUCAUCGCCGACAUCUCUGGCUUCGAGGACCUCGUCCGCGAGCGCAUCGCCUCGCUCGUCGCCCAGGCCUUCCGCGAGAUCCAGCUCAGCCACCUCGUUUCCUGGCUCGGCGUCAACGAGGACAAGACGCGCAAGUUCAUCACCGAGGUUGCCGGCUGGACGAUUGAGGAUGACGGCACUGUCAAGAUCCCCUCGAACCCGGAUAACGAGGCCAAGAAGUCGGAGAUUCGCGAGGAUGUCAACGUCGAUCAGUUUGCGCGAGUGAUCCGACGGGCGUGGGAAGAGACUGUAUAAAGGGUUGCUUACAAGGAACACGAGAGAGAGAGAGAGGGUAGACAUGAAACGAACAACAUGACAAACGAUAGAGUCAUGAAGGGGGAAGGCGUUGAUUCACCAAAGUAUUUGCUUAUACAGGGAGCAGAGCUCUUUUGACAAGAUGGAUAAUGUCGACGGAAAACCCCGUGAUGCGGAAUGAAAUUUUCUUUCAAAAGAUUUACUGGCAUUGGGUGCGGGGGCCCCGAAAAAAAGCUCAGGCGUUUAAUAGGAAUAAAAUGAACCCUUUG